CGGGCGCAUCCCGGGUCGGCGCGCGGGGGGACGGCGGGAGAGGCUGGCGAUGGUGCUGGAGACUCUGGCCCGCAUCGUCAAGGUCCAGCUGCCCGCGUACCUCAAGCGCUUGCCGCUGCCCGAGAGCGUCGGCGGCUUCAUCCGCCUCACAGUUUCAGAAUGGCUGCGGUUACUGCCUUUCCUGGGCGUGCUGGCCUUGCUCGGUUACCUUGCAGUUCGUCCCUUCCUCCCCAAGAAGAAACAGCAGAAGGAUAGCUUGAUUAACCUCAAGAUCCAGAAGGAAAAUCCCAAAGUAGUGAAUGAGAUAAACAUUGAAGAUCUGUGCCUCACUAAAGCUUACUGCAGGUGUUGGCGUUCAAAGACGUUCCCUGUCUGUGAUGGCUCCCACAACAAGCACAAUGAAUUAACAGGAGAUAAUGUAGGUCCACUAAUACUCAAGAAGAAAGAAGUAUAGCAGAUGCGUAAUCUAGGUCCUGACUGAUAAAAAGUUUUAUACUGUUGUAGUUGCAAGGGACAGCGUUUUGUUAUGUGAUUGGUAUGAUUUAGUUUCAUGAUUGCCGUAGAUUUCCUUUUGGAAUAAACUGCAUUUAGGCAGUGAUGAAUUUGUCACUGUUUCGGUACCUUAUGCUGAGAAGAAUUUUGUCUGCUUUGUAAAACUGUAAAGUACCUAGCUCUGUAAAUAAGUCGUUUAUUUCAAGAAUAAAUUGACUUUCUACAACUAAGCCUUUUUUGUAUGAACAUACAAUUAUAAAACUGUCACUACUUCAA